CCAUUCCAAACACUACCGCCGCUUCCUGUUCCGCCCUCCCGAUAACUCUCAUUGGUUCUCUGAAUCGCAGACUCUACUGUGAUUGGGCCUUUCCGCUGCGCCCGGGUCACGUGACGAUAAGAGGCCAAUCAUUGUCGCGGCGCGAUUUAUGAAGUUGUUGGUCAGUUGGUAGGACUGGAGCGGCUCUGCUAGUGACGGUCACCGGUCUCACAGGUACAAAAGAACUCCUUCAUAUUUAAACCUGGAGGGGCCUACCCAAAAAAGAACCGGAAUGCCAGAAGGUACAAAUAACCACUUAAAUCAGCUACGACGUACAGUGUUAAAGGAUAUAAAAAAUGACCCCAGCGGAAACAGUGGACUGAAGCGCCCAUUAGGUUCCCUAAAAAGGAGGAUAAGUGACUCUGCAUGUCUGUCUUCACUACAGCGCGAAUCAAGGCUUGAAAAAGGUGAUAAGGCUAAAGAGAGGGAUUGUGGCUUAUCAAGUGCUAUGAGUGAGAAAAACAAGAAUAUUUACACAGACAUCACAAAUACUCCAAUGACCUUCCAAGAUAAAGAAAGGAAUAAAGGCGUUCCCUGUGAGAUGGAAAUUUCACUGCAGAGCAUCUCAAAGGACACAGAUGUUAUUGCCUCUCCUGCUUUUAGAAAUGAGAUGUUGCCAAUGUCACAUAAAGCUCAAUUGUCUUCUCCUGAUUCCUGUUUAUCAUCUAGCAUUUUGGGAAUGUCUGAUAUGUCUCUACCAUACUUUGUAGACUCUACAGGUCACAAGAAAAGCGAGCAAGACAUUGCUGAAUUCUCUACCAUUAAUAGUGACAAAUAUUUUAGCACGCCAAUGCCAUCAAAAGAGCGAGUAAAGAACAAAAAACUCACCCCUGUUAUGGAAAUUGAAUCUGAUUCCAGUAUUUCAGAGGAACCGCAACAUCAAGAAAAAGUGUCCAUAACAGAUAUGCUAAAUGAGAACUCUGCCGAUGUUGUAUCGCAUGAAAGUCCCACACAGACUCCACUAUACAGGAGUUUCUUUGCUGCUGAGUGCCAAGAAAUAGCAAAACAGAUAGAGGGCAUAAAACCAGAUGUGAAGCAGUCGCCAGCAAAGCGCAAAUCGGAUGAAUUGGAUGUUUCUACCAUUGAUGCAGAGCCUCCUCCAUAUGACUGUACACCAAUGAAGUCAAUGCUAGCAUGUGAAGUGGCCAAAAUGUUGUGCUCUUUGGAAAGUAGUCCCAACAAGGAAGAGCUGUCACUUUUUGGCGAUAGUAUUUUGGAUCUUGAAAAGACUGAUAUGCAAAUCAGCUAUUUUACCUCACCAAAAUGUGACAUUGAAAGUAACAAAAGGCAUUCUGCAAGUGACGCUGAACAGCUUUCUCUAAGUGAUAGUGGAUACAACAUCCAUCCUAAGAGGCAGAAGAUAGAAUCUUUUGAGAAGAUUAACCUCGAAGUAAAUGUUAACUUAGUGAAUAAAAUGUCUCCAUUGGCAAAUGUAGACUCUUUUACAUCAGUAGAACCUACAGUGGACUCUUUGCAUAUCUCUACCACUACUAAAUGUAGUGAAGGGCUAAAAGCAGUCUUCUCAAACAGUGUAAUUCUUCCAGAACACAAACUCUUAGACAGUGUAGUUGAACCAGCUUUAUUGAUGAAGGAUACUGCUAUUACACCUCUAGCUCUUUCACCUGUAUAUGAAGGGGCUAUUGUAACACGCAUUAAGCAUUUAUUCCAGACGAGUGAACAUAAAUUGUGUGCGAAUACUACCCAAGACAAUGUAUUGAACCAUGAUGAGCUGCUGCCUACUGACACCAAUCGUGUCAUUGACUCAAGCAAUACCAGGCCGAGUAGUACGUCAAAACACGAGAUGACUCGGGUGCCACAUGCCUUUAAUACAACACAAGAUAUACUGUUCAAUCAAGAGGAGAUCAAUAGAACAAAUACCACGCAAGUGAUUGAAAUGGUGGGGACACAAUCUUUUAGUACUACACUUGACAUUGUACAAGUGCACGAUGAUGCUACAUCUGGCAAUACUACACAGGUAUUGGAUGUUGUGCCACCUUCUGCCAAUACUACACAGGACAUUGCACCAGUUCACAAUGAUGCUGUUUUAAGCAAUACUACACAGGUAAGAGAUGUUGCACCAUUGUCCGCCAAUCUUACACAGGACGUUUCAUCAGUGCAUGAUGCGAUUUCUGGCAAUACUACACAAGUAAUUGAUGCACCACUGUCCACCGAUACUACACAGGUAAUGGAUGCACCACUGUCCACCAAUACUACACAGGACGUUGCAUCAGUGCAUCAUGAAGCUACUUCUAGCAAUACUACACAGGUAAUGGAUGUUGCGCCAUUGUCCGCCAAUCUUACACAGGACGUUUCACCAGUGCAUGAUGAGAUUUCUGGCAAUACGACACAGGUAAUGGAUGCACCACUGGCCACCAAUACGACACAGGUAAUGGAUGCACCGCUGGCCACCAAUACGACACAGGUAAUGGAUGCACCGCUGGCCACCAAUACGACACAGGUAAUGGAUGCAGCGCUGGCCACCAAUACGACACAGGUAAUGGAUGCACCGCUGGCCACCAAUACGACACAGGUAAUGGAUGCACCACUGGCCACCAAUACGACACAGGUAAUGGAUGCACCACUGGCCACCAAUACGACACAGGUAAUGGAUGCACCACUGGCCACCAAUACUACACAGGACAUUACACCAAUACAGGAAGUGGGUCUGACAGCCAACACAACACAGAUCAUUGAAGAGGAAUCAAAGAUGCCUGUAAACAACACGGUAGUACCAUCCAUGCACGAGGGCAAAACCAGCAAUACAACAUAUGGAACUGAAAUGGAGAUGCAGCCUUGUGUUAAUACCACACAGAACAUUGUAUCAGUGAAUGACACACUCUUAACAGCCUGUAAAACUCAGGACAACGAGAUUGCCCUCCAAAGUUCUGCCAAUAGGUCAUUUGGUGCUACUUCAAGUUCUCAUAAGAUUACAACUGGUAGCUCUCAAGACACUGGAGUAAUGCAGAAUUCUUUAAUGGAAGUUCUACCAGCAGAGGAAGCAAUUCAUACUCACAGUACUGAUGCUGCCCCAGAACCACUCAGUAAUAAUAACCUUUCACAUGAUGAGAGAACGUCCACUAACAAUGAUCAUUUAUUGAAAGACGUGACCCACACCUCCUUAAGUUCAGCUUUCAAGGUGUCCUCUCAGUGUAGUGUAAGGAUCAGUGACACAAACCUUCCUGGUACUACAGGAACAAAUACAGAAAUAUCUACUUCCAACUAUGGUUCUGAUUUAAAUGCAGAAAAUAUAGAGAACUUGGUGAUAACAAACAAUCAGAAAAAUGUUUCCAGACUUGACCCUACACAAGAAACUUUAGUAGUCAAUGAAAUAAAAGAAUGGCCAUCUGAGCCAGAAGCAAAAUCAUCACAUUCUGAUCUAACUUGUGUCACUCCUGAUUUCAGUCCUCCUGCCCUUGUUAAACCAAAUGGUACAGAAAGGCAGCAUAUAGGACAUCUGAAAUCCAGCGACUGCUGCACAGCAAUGGCUUCCUCUAGGAAAGAAGCAGAUUUCUGUAAAGAAUCAGGAAAUCGACCAUUGCUCUCAGAAUCUUGUAGCAUGAUCCAGGAAGAAGAAAAUGUCCAUGACGUGAGUGUCUUUUCUGUUGGAUCCUUGUCCUUUGUCACCUCUACGCCUGUUACUGGAUUAAAUAAUUUUCAGUUUCAGAACAGUUGCAGAGAUUCUGUGCAGCAUGACUCAAACGUGUCCAUUGGUUUGAUAUUAGAUGAUUCUUCUAAUAAAGUCCCAGGAGAACAGAGAAUGAUCCCCCAACAGAGGUGUCAUGCUGCAAACAGAUUGGACUGUAAAGACAAAGCAAAACAAGAAACUUCACGUGUGUCCUUUCUCCCCCCCAAUAUGCAAAAAAAAAACAUGGUUCCUCCAUCCGAGGCAGGGCCAAAACAAAUGCCUUUGUCUGCCAUCCCAUCAGCUCGCCGUUCUUUAGCACUUUAUCAAAAUGCAAGUCAUAAUCCAGUAAGGGAAACACAAUUAUCUAAAAUUGCACCAAGAAGUGGAAUACCAGGAAGAGGUAUGAUCCGGCCUCCACUGGCCCGCCAAAACUUGCCCAGGGCUACCCUAGGAAACGCAAAGCAAGGCCCGGAUAGCACUGGAGGAAGUAUUAUAACUAACAAACUCGCUGAAAACAGAUUUAGAACCCCAAGUGCUGCUGUUGUGAAGGCAAAGUCUGUUACUACGCAUUCGCAGCUCCCAGCUGCCCCCUCUUCUAUUAAACCACCUUCACGAAUAGGGGCACCAGGAACUACUGGACGUGUCUCUAUUGGCAUUCAGAAUGCUGUACCUGAUCAACACGAUACUCCAAGGGGUGACACUGUUUUGGCUGCGCAGCCACCAAUGUCUACUGGCAUUAGAACCGGCCCUCCCAGACCAGUAAUGUCUUCAGUACGUCUUCCUCCUCAGCAAUUGCAAAAAGCUUCUUUGAAACCUAAAUCUCAAGUACAAGGAUUACCUACCAAGAAAACUCAGAGGGAGCUUCCUACACUAGGCUCUCGAAAAGAAAGUGCCUUAAAACCGGAAAGCACUAAUGUUGUGAAAUCCAAUGCAAAACAGACAAAUCUUACGCUAGAUUCCACUAAACAAGCUGCUUCCUUUCAAGCCGAAAUGGCUGAAGGUAAACCUGAGAGGUGCAGACACCUAGAGAUGAGUAAAUGCUGUCAACUUCUGAAGGCUUAUGAAGACUUUAAGAGGCAUUACGAGUUGGCUAAAUCCGAGCUUGAGAGAUGCCAGCACCUAGAGGGGUGCAGAUGCUGUCAACUUUUGAAGAUGUAUGAAGACUUUAAGAGACUUUUUGGUCAAGUAGAGAUGACCAAUGUAGCUGAUACGUAAUAUGAAGAAAUCACCGCACGCUGCCUCAUUUGAGUUAUUUGCACAAUAAAGAACAUAUAUGUACAGUGCACUGUAAUACUGUAAUUUAUGCUAUUUUAUCUAAAUUGUACAGUAAAAAAAUAAACUAUCACUGCAUCAAUAUCACUAUCACUGCAUUCUUUUAUAAAACAAGUGAACACCAGCACUGUGUGGGACUUAUUAGGUGAAUGCAUUUUACUGAUUUAGUUGCAAUUAAACAUAUGUUUAAAAUAAAAAGGAGAAAACUAUAUUAUAUAGAUAUAUUGCAUAUCAUAAAAUAAAUAUUUGUGUGUAUAGAUUUGUUUCUAUGAUCCUUUAUAUACAUUAAGUUCUGCUCGAGUGAAAAGACCUGCUGGGAAAUAAGUUGAAGCGCAGAGCAUUAAGUGGACUAAUCCAAAUGAUAUAUUACUAAUAUUUUGAAAUUGUAAUAUUCUCCUUGAGCCUUUAUCAUCCACCACUAUGCCAGUUUCUAUAUAAUUAUAUGCAUAUAUAUGACAAUG